UCAAAUCAAGUCAAGACGACGCUCCGAAUUUGCGACAAACAACAAAAACUUUGCGAAAUAUCAAAAGUGAGGGAAGCGAUUUGGAGGAGAUUAGGGAUAAUAAUGAGAUAAAUAGCAGAUCCGGUUCGCAUAAACAACAACAGCAGCAAAAAAACUCGAGUAGUUCCGAAACGAAGAUGACAACUGGCGCAUUAUCGACGACACCGAAUUUCAUCCGACCCAUUGAAGUGAACUCGCUUAAUUCGGAGAACCAGGAAAACGUCUCGUCGAACAUCACGACGCCCGUCAGCAGCGAAAACGGCUUUAAUCGCUUGAACGACAUCCGAUUUACGACUUUGGGCGACGAUCAUAUUGUCAAUCGCAACGGCUUGCAGUACGCCAACGACAUCCAUCGCAAUGAAUAUGAGACGGGAAGUCAUCGAAAUUACGAGCCGGUAGCUACUUCGACCGCUUUCGAACGUUACGACCCCAAUUACACGCUGAAUCGCACGUCACUUUAUCCGUACAAUCAACCGACGCUAACUGACGACGCGUUACAAAAAUUCAACUUGGAAUCGCAGCAGCAGCAACAAUCGCAGCAACAACCGCAACAACUCAAGACAGAAAACGAAGAAAAUUCCGGACCUUUGUAUCCGCGUCCUUUGUACCAUUUUGAUCCCGCAAACCCGGCAAAUCCGACAAACGGGUUCUCCGCGAUUAAUUUAUCCGUUAAAAUUGCAUCGGCACAGGCGCCAUAUCGUAGCCCGUCGUCGCCAUCGCCCUCAGUUCCCGUUAUUGACCUUUCCACAAGCAAUAUUACGUCGUCAACAUCCUUUCAUCGGUCGAGCAGAAGUCCUGUAUCAAGUACACAAAGUGCCCAAGUUCCCAGCUCGACGGCGCAGACCCUCGAUUUGAGUCUCAGUCGCAUUUCACAUCGUUCAUCCCAAUCAGAGCCCGUUGACUUUAGCGGUCAAACACGUGGUUUGGGUUACAGCUUAAUUGGCUCAAAUAUCGCUUCGACGCCCUACAGCAGAGAAUCCACGCCAGAUAGCGGCGGUUCACACUACAUGGACAACUACCGAGAUCCAAACAGCUACAGUCCCCAUCCCGGUUACGGCAUGAUUGUGCAAUCAGAAUAUACAAAUGGAUAUGCCACAUAUGGUCCGACACCUUAUCAAUGCGGAACACCCUAUCACAACUCAAUUGGACCAUCAGCAUAUCCAUCAUCCGUUUCGAGUCCAUAUUCAACAAGUUCAUCAUGCUAUGCCAUGCCGCCGCCGCAUCAUUUUUCACAGGCGGACAAGUUGUUAUCAAAGGACGUAUUAUCGGGAUGUAUUCGCGGUGAUAGGCCUCCGAUGAAUUCGCAUUCGCAAGAGUUGAAAUGCCCGACGCCGGGUUGUGAUGGCUCGGGACACGUUACAGGGAAUUAUUCGUCACAUCGCAGCUUGUCGGGAUGCCCGCGUGCUAACAAGCCCAAGACUAAGCCGCGCGAUGGGCAGGAUUCGGAACCUUUGAGAUGCCCAAUUCCCGGAUGUGAUGGCUCAGGUCAUUCAACAGGGAAGUUUUUAUCGCAUCGCAGUGCAUCCGGUUGCCCAAUAGCGAAUCGCAAUAAAAUGCGAGCCUUAGAGAAUGGAGGCACACUCGAACAACAGCAGCAGCAGCAACAACACAAAACUCCCGUAUCCGCAGCGUCGACGAUAAAAUUUGACGGUAUCAAUUGCCCAACGCCCGGAUGCGAUGGAACGGGACACAUCAAUGGCACCUUUCUGACGCAUCGCUCAUUAAGCGGGUGUCCAAUGGCAACGCAAGGUAUGGAAAUCAUGGUAUCGAAUACAAACUCCGGGAAUGGUGAUGAAUUAAUGUCACUUGAAGCGGAAAUUACCGAGCUUCAACGUGAAAACGCCCGUGUAGAGUCACAAAUGUUACGCCUGAAAUCUGAUAUAAACGCAAUGGAAUCGCACUUAAAUCAGGGUGAAAGGGAAACACCAAUAGCUGCAAGGAAUAACAACCCGAAUAAUCAUUACUAUGAGAAUUUAAGAAACAAUGUGAUAACUCUCCUUGAACACGUGCGAAUCCCAAACGAGAAUAAUCAAAAGUCCAGUUCGGAGCCGUUUGACAGCUACAUCUCGAAAUUGCAGUCAUUUUGCACCACAGACACAUAUCGACCCGAGGAAAUUCGACCUAUUUACGAAACGAUGCGUGCUUCGCUGUCAGAAGUCACGGUCCUUCCCACUCCCAUCUAAGACGACAUGCCGCUGUAAAUA